GAAACCGUUCGAGGAAACUAUAGGGCAGCACUCUCGGAACUCACCUUCAACUCCAAGCCUAUCAUCACCAAUUUGACAAUAAUGGCCCAAGAGAAUCAGUAUGCUGCCAGUACAAUUGUGAGAGAAAUCGAACAGCAAAUCAGACACAAUGCACCCGACCAGAAGUUACCUGUAUUGUAUUUGAUCGAUUCGAUCUGUAAGAACGUAGGAGGGCCAUUUAUCAGCCAUUUCGCAAGAAAUAUUGGCUCAAUUUAUCUGGAUGCCUACACUCUCACUGACCCCCAGAUGCGACGCAGUUUUGAGCGCGUAUUGCAAACCUGGAAAAAUGGGAUGCCAGCUGGAGGCCCAGUCUUUGCUCGUCAUGUUAUUGAGCCAAUUGAGAGGGCAUUG